AUGGGAGGAUUUCAAAUGUGGGGAAGCUGUUUACAAAAGUGCAUGCUGGUCUUCACUUUCGCACUCCUGCUGUGUGAGAUCUUGGUUGGACGCAUCUGCCACUCCCUAAUUAACAUGGUGGACAGCUUCCACACCCUCUACAUCCUUAUUCACAUAAGCCUGUAUCCGUCAACGAUGCCUGCAGGAAUUUCAGAGACCUCGAUUGUGGGCUCUCCAAAUACACCUCUACCCAUCUCUGAAUCUGCUCACCUUGGUGCCAACUCUCCAUUCUGUAAAGGGUACCAAUAUUCUAAAUUACGUAUUUCACCUUUUGGGGCUUUGAUUUCAGCUCUGCUUCUGGUGUCUUUGUGUGUGUGCAUCACUUUUGAGAUCCUCAGUCACCUGGUGCAGCCUCAUUUCAUACAGCACCCUCUUCUGGCUACUGUUGUAGGUAUUAUUAGUCUAUUGUUUAAUACACUCGUGCUCGUCUGGAAGAGAUGUGAACAAACAAACACAGCUGUGAAAGGGUUGAAGAGAGGCCCAACAGAGACUCAGAGUGAGCCUUUUACUUCAGAAGAUAAAGAUACUGGAAAUACACAGUUUGAAACAAGCACUGCAAUAGUAAAGAAGACAGGACUUGAUGGUGGUACACUGAUGUUCUGUAACCUUGGAGCAGCCAGUGUGGUGGAUCCAGACCAAGGCUCUCAGGAAUUCUCCUCUUUGGGAGGUUCAUGCCCCAAUGCUUCAAUCACUCCCCCUGUGCCACAGUCUAACUAUACAGAGAAAUCCAUCUCCCAUGAUUCCACUGAAUGCCAGCAAUCUCAACAGACCAUCCAGCCAAUGGAUCCAGGUACUGAAGUGGCUAACUGCAGUAUCACUCCAGCAACCCUGCAACCACUCAGAACAGAACUGUGUACCCAAAUGGACAGUAAGCACACCAGGCAGAAAGGUGGACGUAUUAAGACCUGCAUCGCUGUCAUCAGGAGCCUCUUGGGUUGUGUUUUGGUUCUAGUGAAUGGCAUCAUCCUUCUUCUUUUUAAACCUAACUGUCUGAACUGCAAGGUUUUUGCUUACCUGGACCCUGGCUUUUCCAUGCUCACUGUGUUGGUUCUUCUAGCCACAACCAUGCCUGAACUCUGGCACCAUGGCUUAUUGCUGCUCCAGGCAAUUCCAAAGCACUUAAGUACGGAGGAACUGAUGGCCCACAUUGGUCGUGUGUCUGGUGUGUCAGCUGUGCAUGAGCUGCAUGUUUGGCAGCUGUCUGAAACAUGCCUGGUGGCAUCUGUGCAUGUUUACUGCCAAUCGGGCCUGUGUACGCAGACAUGUUCUCAACUUUUGGUGACUGUCACAGAGGUGCUGAGAGGUUUUGGUAUAAGCCACUGUACUGUGCAGCCAGAAUUUAUUGAUUCACAGGUAGAGGAAGCAAAUCUGCCCAUGACAAAGUCAGCAGAACAGAAAUUCUGCAGCUUGCGCUGUGAAAAGGAAUGUACAAAGAGUAUGUGUUGUUUAUCAGAAGAGAACUCCGUCCCAUCCGCAUCCCCUACUCUACACAUGGAGGUGAGGCAGCAGGUUGUCAUUAUAGAGAACACAUAUAUAUAGUCAAGUCAAGUUUAUUUGUAUAGCGCUUUUUGCAAUGGACAUUGUCUCAAAGCAACUUUACAGAAUCCAGGACCAACAGACCAAAAACCCUUGUUGAGCAAGCUGAGGGUGACAGUGGCAAGGAAAAACUCCCUUAAAAAUACAGGAAGAACCAGACUCAGCAAGGACUCCCAUCCUUCUUGGAUGGCCUGGAGGAUAAUUUUAAUAAAUAGGAUUUACACAAAUCAUACAUACACAAAAUUGAACGAAAGGUUCUAACUAUCUUGUUACAUU